AUGACAUCUGUGAUACCUCGUUCGUCACAUGCAUCAAUAGUCACUGGAUCAACGCUUGACCCAUUCAAUCAAGAGAGUCAUCAUAGGUACUCAGCUAGUAUCGGCACAUCAUAUGGCCACAGUCGAAAACCUUCCAGAGCACUUUCACAAACCAACCCCUUUGAAGUCAUUUACUCCAGUCAAGAUCUCACCUUUGAUUCGUCAGCACAACAUAACUUGCAUAUGCCAAAGCAGAAACCUUCACCUCAAAAUUUCCAUCAGCAUUCACCGUGGCACAGUCAAUCCAAUUAUGAUCUCAUAGCAGAAAAUGUCAAAACAGGAAGGAGUCUCGUGAGUGGAAUCGCGUACACUGGUAGCAGCAACAAUGAUGACCAGCAACGCAAUGUCAGCAGCAGCAGCCAACAUCCAGUGGUCACGGUCGUGAAGUCGACUUCGUUAAAAAGAUCGGGAUCCACCGUAUCACGACUGGCUACUUUAAGAAACAGAAAUAGGAUCAAACAGAGAAACAAGACAGUCAAGAGAAAGGAUCUACUCAAGGACGAAUUGGAGUUUAAACCCAGCGAUGAAAAGCGGACUGAGCAAAAACACAAGACCAAAAAGGAAUCAUGGUUUGGUUGGCCUAAAUUUAACUUUCCGGUUCUACGAAAGAAAUCAUUAAAGUAUCGAUCUGUACACAACGGGCAGAACCCGAAUUUCACAACCAGACAUGAAUUUAUGAACUUUUUGCAAAUGAGCAACUAUAACCAAGUAGUUGGGUCUUCGUUACCUCAUAGAAUGAAGAUGUGGAAUUACACACAGCCAUUGCAUCCACAUCCACUAUUACAUUGGCAGGUAGUGGAUUUCGCAGAAAAGGAUGCUCCUGCUACUACUAUUGCUGCUCCCAUUGCUCCUGUAACCGUGACAAAAUCCCUCAACUUACAUUCCAGAACAGGAUCUAUGUCAGUUAUUGAUGUCUUGUACCAAAACUAUAAAGCCCGAGCAUUCGAAAUGGCACAGAGGCAUUACUCAAAGAGAAGACACGGCAAAGAGUACAUGAAGGUCCCCCCACCUUUUCAAAAGUUGUACCCACAAGAUGCUGUACUUUUGUCCAAAAGAGAAGUUCAUCAAAUAAACACCAAAUUGCUAGUUGAAAUUUUGUUACGAAGAACCGUGGCUGCUAAAAUGGAGUACAGGUUGAGACAGCAUGGGUUUGAGUUUGAAAGUGGACAUUCGGACUCCUCUCUGUCAGCUUCGUCCUGGUCCUCCUCCUCACCACCACCGCCACUACGAUCAUCCCCGGCAGCACGGUCAUCCAUUUCUUCAUCUCCGUCGUCGUCGUCGUCGUCGUUGUCGAGUGGCAAAUACUCACCUCAUGGCCACACACAUAGAGGAAGACGAUCCAAAGGAAAUCCAAACUUCGCAGCUACAGGACCGUACCACAACGACAACUUAGUUUUGCAAAAUGAAUCAAUUUUCCAAAAUAUAAUUGCAAGCUCAAACAAUCAGUCGCCAAAGGAUACAAGCUCCGUGAUGUAUUUCCAGUCACAAUCUAAAGGCGAUACGACCAGAAACUCCUCGUUCUUUACCAAUCCAUUCACCUUGGAUCCCAAAUCGACCAUCACUAGAAUCCUCAACGAUAACAUGCAGCUGCAUCACCCUAGAAAAGCACCAAGAAAACAAAUGUAUCAGCUAACACCGCAGCAGCAAAGAUCACGCUCCACUUUGAGCUCCGAUGAAGACACACAAGAUCCAUUUGCAAACAAUGCCUACGAAACUUUUCUGCCUAUUGAGAAGAAUUCAGACUCAUACAGAGACUCAUUAUCUACUCUGUCUAGAGACAAAAUGAGAAAAUCAGACAGUACCACAAACACAUCUAUCUUGCAUUAUUUAGAUCAAUUGUCUCUGGAAGUUGAUUCUGUAUUGGAAGAGCUUGACACCGACCAGGAGCUUGGUGGUGGAAGCCGUGAUAUUAAGGAGACGAAGAAGAAGAAGAAGAAUAAGAAGAAGGAAAUACCAGGGAAGUCUACAUCGACAAUGAAAUUGGGCUCUCGACGCACUGUGCCGAAAAACAUCAUCGAGCCAGCUCGUAUUAUUGAAAAGUUGAACGAGCACGAUUUGCAUUUGAUUAGUAACGUAUAG